CCCUGCCUAGUGCUGCAUGUGAUGGAUGUACCGGUACACUACCUAGAUGCAGUGUAGCGGAGGACAUGCCUUGGCCCCUCGUCCUCCGAGGCCAUAUAACCGCCGUCGCCCGCCAGCGGCUUGAGCGUCUUUGCCAUUGCUGUCUUCGGCCACCCCAAAAGCGAGGAGCAAGGCAAAGAAGAAGGAAGAAAAAAAAAGCCACGGCAGCAAAAAGAAGAUGGCCGAGCAACCCGCAGCGCAAGCCCAGACGCCCCGAGUCCCGGGCGCUCCUGGCCCCGCCGCCGCCGGGCCCGAGCAGGCGUCGUCGUCCAAGCCCUGGGACCCCAGCGUCCAGACCGACCUGACCGCCCCGCCGCCGCCCGACGGCUGGGACCCGGAGCUGGAGCGGGCGUUCGAAGCCUACGUCCCCGGGACCGAGGAGGAGAGGCGGCUGGUGCGCAAGAUCGACCUGUUGCUCCUGCCGACCCUCUGGUGGAUGUACGUCCUCGCCCAGAUCGACCGGAGCAACAUCGCAAAUGCGAACGCCGCAGGGCUCAGCCAGGAUCUGGGCCUGAGCGACGAUGACUACGCGCUCGUCGUGAGCAUUUUUUUCGUCGGUUACGCCAUCAUGGAGGUGCCCUCGAACCUCCUGCUCAACCGGUGGCGGCCGUCCCUGUACCUGACCACCAUCAUGGGGGUCUGGGGCGCCUGUGUGGCCGCCAUGUCCACGGCCGGGUCCCGGGAGCACUUUCUCGUCGGGCGCUUCUUCCUCGGCUGCAUCGAGGCCGGCAUGUACCCCGGCGCGCUCUUCAUCCUGACGUGCUGGUACAAGAGGGACGAGGUCGGGAAGCGCUUCUGCGUCUUUGCCACGUCGGGCACGCUCUCGCAGGCCCUGGGCGGCAUCAUCGCCGGGGGCAUCAUCGCCAACCUGGACGGCAAGAAUGGCUGGCCGGGAUGGAGAUGGCUGUUCCUCGUAGAAGGGGUCGUCACCAUCUUCUUUGCCUUUAUCUUCGUCUUCGUCCUGCCCGACUACCCCCUGGGGACGCGCAGGUUUAGCCCCGAGGAGCGCAGGCUUGCCCACGUCCGCAUGCUCGUCGACCGCCGUGCGAGCACCAAGACGGGCGAGGCGAGGCUCACGGCGCUCGAGUCGGUGCUCGCUGUGGUGGCAGACCCGAGGACGUACGCGUUCCUAGUGAUUUACAUACUCAACACGACGGCCAUGACCAUCUCGUACUUUAUCCCGGCCACGCUGCGCAGCAUGGGAUACACCCAAGUGACGGCGCAGUGGAUGACGGUCCCCAUCUGGGUCUCGGCGUCGGCCGCCAUGCUGGUCAUCUCCUACUUCUCGGACCGCACGGGCGACCGCCGCUGGUACGUCGCGGGCUGCAUGGCGGCGGCGGCGGCCUGCUGCGGCGUGUGCCUGGGCACCUCGGCGGGCGCGGCGCGCUACGCCAUGCUGUGCCUGCUGGCGGGGGCGCUCUGGACGGCGACGCCGCAGAUCCUGACGUGGGCGUCGGAGCUGCUCGCGCUGCCGGACCAGAAGCGCUCCGUGGCCCUGGCCCUCAUCAACUCCUUCGCCACCCUGUCCGUCCUCUGGGGCAGCCGCCUGUGGCCCUCGGCCCAGAGCCCCGCCUACCGCACCGGCUUCUCGGCCGUGACGUCCAUGGCCGCCGCGGGCGCGCUGGCCGCCGCGCUCAUGCCGCUCGCGUUUGCGCGGCUGAGCACGGCCCCGCGCACGGCCGGCGAGGCGAGGGUGUUGGGGCUGGACGGGGCGGCGGCGGCGGCGUCGUCGUCGGUGGUGGACGCGUCGUCGGUUGAUGCGCCUGUCGUGGGUGGCCCGCGGGGCAAGGGCGGCUCGGGGGCUUGAGAGUAAUGUGCCUGGUAGAGGGGAGCUACGCCGUCGAGGCCUAUGCGUCGAACCGUUCGGAGCUGUCGAUGGGCGGGCUGUAGAGGUGGCCCAGAAGCGUUUGGGGCAAUGACGGCGAUCCCCUCCAGGAAACAGAUGCCUUGACAACAGCGGCGAAAUGCCCUCGGUAAUUCCGUACCAGUUCCGUGUUAUGUCAACAUAUACAGUACCGAUCGCGGCCCUCAGAUACAACCGUGAAGCUGCACUUUUGCUUCGAGACGUAUCAGCAUCUUCGGGGACCUCCCGAGCCUUGCCAGAGAGAUAUGCCGGACAGCCAUCUAUCCCAGGGAGGGCAUAUUAUCUAUCAAGUGAAAAGGCGGCGGUCGCUGUAACGACAGCUGCGCAAACAAGUGAGCGCCUGGGAGGUACAUUCAAGGUACGCUCUGUGCGCUGUGCGGCCGCAGAGCCCAACUAGGUGUUCAUGUGGUGGUCAAAUUACGAGGUGAUCGCUCAUUUAUUACUCAUGGCAUAUUUUCUUCAUGAAAGUCGCACUUGAUUAGGCCUAGACUGCAAGAUAUUCCUCCGCAAGCCUGUCUACCAAAGCAAGGCACCCAUUCAUGCCAGAUUAGCACCGCGCCUCGCCGACGCCAAUCUCCUCGGCGGCCAGGACCCACUCCAUCAGGCCAGCCGAGACCUCGAGCAUGUUCAGGCGGUACUGCUCCGGGGUCGGGUAAAAGGGGCACGAGGCCUGGCUAUUGCCGAAGCCGAACUCGAGGCAGUAGCUAAAGAUCUUGUUGGCCGAGGG